AUGAUUGACAAUAACACUACAACUACAGUCAACUUUAUACAAACAUCAAAAUCACUUAGUGAUGAUCUUGCUUUUGUAUCACAAAAUAUUCUUAUUUAUUUACCAUUAAUCUUUUUCAUCUUUGGUUUUAUUGGAUUUAUUGGAAAUGUUUUCACUUAUCUUCAACCUCAACUUCGUUCAAAUACUUGUUGUAUUUAUUCAUUGUGUGGUUCAUUCAUUGAUAUUAUCAAUCUUUCUAUUAAUUCAUUUCCAACUUAUUUUUUAGCUAAGUAUGGAAUUUAUAUACCAUGGUAUUUAUCAUUAACUCCUUGCAAACUCAAUACCUUUAUCUUGGUGUUUUUUCCACAUUUAUCAAUAAAUUUUCUAUGCAUGGCUAUUAUCGAUCGAUUUGCCAUAACCUGUGAUUAUACAUCAUCCAUUCGUCGAAUAACUCAACUUCGAAUGGUACCAUGGAUGAUUGGCUUGACUGUUCUGACCAGUUGUCUUUUUUCAUUGUAUGCUCCUAUUAAUUAUGAUGCUCUCUUUGGAUUUUUAUGUAUAUCAACACAACCGAUGUUAACAAGUAUUUCAUAUAUUAUUCUUAUUGGUUUAGUUUCACCAAUAAUAAUGAUAAUAUUUGUUUUACUUACUUAUCGAAAUGUUCGUCGAAGUCGUGGAAGAGUCGGUGACGUAGUUCAAAAAAACCGACCAAAUCUUCGAAAUCAAUUUAUUGUAACAAUAUUUGCACAAAUUCUAGUAACAAGUUUCAUUACAUUACAAUGGAUUAUAAUGUAUACGUAUUUUACAUUUACUCCAAUUGCUACGGAAGAUCCUGUAGAUUUAUCGAUUAUUAUCUUUGUUUUUGGUCUUAGUAAUAAUUUAUAUUAUUUAAAUAAUGUUAAAGCAUUUUAUAUUUCAAUAUUAACAUCUCGUGUAGUUAGAAAAGAAUUUGUCAGUGGUUUGAACAAUUUAUAUCGUCGUUAUAUAAGAUAA